AUGAUGGCUGACAUUGAGGGUGAAGGUGCCGUGGACCUCUCAUUAUCCUCCUUCAUUGGAGCUGCCAAGCCAGAUUUGAAGCCAACACAACUCACAGUGGUGGAAGAAAAGCUGGGAAAAGUCGGCGUCAGGAAUGUGGAGGAGUUGGCACAUGCUCUGCGAGGGCGAAAUGAGAGGAGCUUGAACAACCGCCUUCGAGCUGUGGGCGAGAAAUGCUUCACCUCUGAGACCCUCAGUGCGCUUCGACAACGCGUCCGUGAAGACCCGUCCUUAAAGCGCCCCAGGCGCCAGGCCGGCGCGGCCAAUGGCACCCAUGCCGACAGAGGUGUGCUGGGCAGCAGCUUGAAGUCCACAGGAAACGGCGGGGUGCUGGCUAUGCCGACGUCCAAAGAAGGCAUGAGGCAGGCUCUCGAGGAACUGGGGCUUGAGGUCAGCAGAUGUCAGGUGCGGGAAAUGCGAGCCUUGCUUUUGGAAGCUCGUCGAUUGGCUGGGCUGCAGCGACCAGAUCUUGCGGCCGAGGUCCGUGGACGAUUGGGCCGGAAUCCAGAGCGAACUGCAAGCUCUGAGAAGUUGAUAAGGCAACUCCUCGAAGCCUCUUUUCCAGAUGCAAUUGAGCCGUGUGCUGGUACGGAAUUCGAGAGAAGUAGAAGCGAUGAUGAGGACUUGGCUUGCUUCUUUGGCUACGUCAGCGGGAUGUAG